AUGACCGUAUGGCUUACGUGCUUCAAAGGGAAAUUCUGCAAUAUUUCGGCCAACAGUGUAUAUGUUCCAAAUUUAUGCGCAGAUGAUAGCGAUAAGGAUAAAUGCAUGUGCAGAUCAUGCUGCCGUUAUGAUGAAUUCGGUAAUGGCGCCGUUAAAAGAGUAUCAGAUAAUUCCUAUGGAGGCGCUGAAACUGGUAACUGUCAUGGAUCAGAGCACGUUAUGGUUCGAGCCAAGAUUCGCAUAAAAUUGACAAAUCGUAAGAAACAACGUAUCCAAAGAUCUUUCAAUGACCUCAAAUUAAAAGAUUCGGGAAUGUAG